GCUGCUUCUCUGUGCCGGGGCCCCGCAGCUCUGGCUAAGAGCCGUUGAGGCGCAGGAGCCUCGAAGGCGGCCGGAUGCUGGAGGGAAGCGACUACUGUGCUCGCCGGCAGGAGACCCAAGCGGGGCUACCCUUGGCCGGCGCUUGGGGCCGGAAGGGAGCUCUGGAUUUCGAUCCCUCCCCUUUUCCCUGGUGUGUCUUAGAGUACCGUGCCCCUCAGACCCUCCUGCUGUCAUGUACCAGCUUGAAGGAGAGGCGCAUCUCUCGUCCACGCCCUCCACCAUGGGCAACGCUUCCAAUGGGGAGGAUUGCGAGAGUCGUCAGUGGCUCCACUGGGACGAAAGCCCAGCCAUCAGCUCAGCGAUGUUCUCCGCCGGGGUGCUGGGGAACCUCAUUGCGCUGGCGCUGCUGGCGCGCCGCUGGCGAGGGGACUCGGGGUGCAGUGCCGGCAGCCGGACCUCUAUCUCCUUGUUCCACGUGCUGGUGACAGAGCUGGUGCUCACCGACCUGCUGGGAACCUGCCUCAUCAGCCCUGUGGUGCUGGCUUCCUAUGCGCGCAAUCAGACCCUAGUGGCCCUGGCGCCCGAGAGCCGCGCGUGUACCUAUUUCGCCUUCGCUAUGACCUUCUUCAGCCUGGCCACGAUGCUCAUGCUCUUCGCCAUGGCCCUGGAACGCUACCUCGCCAUCGGGCACCCUUACUUCUACCGACGCCGCUUCUCGCGCCGCGGUGGCCUGGCUGUGCUGCCCGCCAUCUACGCGGUCUCGCUGCUCUUCUGUUCCCUGCCGCUGCUCAACUACGGGGAGUAUGUCCAGUACUGUCCCGGGACGUGGUGCUUUAUCCGUCACGGGCGGACUGCAUACCUGUACGCCACAGUGCUGCUCCUGCUCAUCGUGGCGGUGCUCGCCUGCAACAUCAGUGUCAUCCUCAACCUGAUUCGCAUGCACCGUCGGGGCAGGAGAAGGCGCUGCGGGUUGGCUGGCACUGGCCUGGGCGGCCCUGGAUCACGCAGAAGAGGAGAACGGACUUCGAUGGCGGAGGAGACGGACCAUCUCAUUCUCCUGGCCAUAAUGACGGUAACCUUCGCCAUUUGCUCCUUGCCUUUCACAAUCUUUGCUUAUAUGAAUGAAACCUCUUCCCGAAAGGAAAAGUGGGACCUCCAAGCUCUCAGAUUUUUAUCAAUUAACUCUAUAAUUGACCCUUGGGUCUUUGCCAUCCUUAGGCCACCAGUCCUGAGACUAAUGCGUUCAGUCCUCUGUUGUCGGACUUCACUGAGAACACAGGAGGCUCCACAGACUUCCUGUUCUACCCAGUCCAGUGCCAGUAAACAAACUGACCUUUGCGGGCCGCUGUGAUGAUGUGCUUCG